AGAGCUCAGUUCCCCAAAAAUUAUAAAAGCAGGAAAACUGAAGACAAAGAAAUCCAAUAAGGCUAGUGAUUUCAGCGAUAUGGCAAAUUGGCCAACACCAAGUGAAUUAGUGAACACUGGAUGUCAGAGUAUCAUCAGCCAAGGAAAUAAGAAACCACAAAAUAGGAAAAAAGAAGAGAAAGUUGAAAAGAGAAGUAACAGUGAAAGCAAAGAAAACCGCGAAACAAAAUUAGAUGGUCCUGGAGAAAUCAUCAGUGAGGAUGAGGCUCAGACAAGUAAUCAGCGAAAGAGAGCUAAUAAGCACAAGUGGGUGCCACUCCACUUAGAUGAUGUAAGACCAGACAGUCAAGAAAGACCUGGAUCCCGGAACAGCUCAAGAUGUCAACCUGAAGCAAAUAAAUCAACACAUAACAAUAGGAGAAAUGAUACACGAAGUUGGCGGCGAGAUAGAGAAAAGAGAGAUGAUCAAGAUGAAGUUUCCAGUGUGAGAAGUGAAGGUGGUAAUAUCCGAGGUUCCUUUAGAGGCCGAGGACGGGGAAGAGGACGGGGAAGAGGACGAGGCAGAGGAAAUCCUCGAUUGAACUUUGAUUAUUCAUAUGGUUACCGAGAACAUGGUGAAAGAACUGAGCAACCGUUUCAGACAGAGCUUAACACCAGCAUGAUGUAUUACUACGAUGACGGUACAGGUGUAAAAGUGUAUCCUGUGGAAGAAGCAUUGCUUAAAGAGUAUAUUAAGCGUCAAAUCGAAUAUUACUUCAGUAUAGAAAAUUUAGAAAGAGACUUUUUUCUUCGGAGAAAGAUGGAUGAACAAGGUUUCCUGCCUAUUUCGCUGAUUGCCGGCUUUCACCGGGUUCAGGCUCUUACUACAAAUGUUAAUCUCAUUUUAGAGGCACUAAAGGAUAGCACAGAAGUGGAAAUUGUGGAUGAAAAAAUGAGAAAAAAAGUAGAACCAGAAAAAUGGCCAAUUCCGGGUCCUCCUCCUACACGUAACGUGCCACAGACAGACUUCUCUCAGCUGAUCGAUUGUCCAGAGUUCGUACCAGGCCAAGCCUUUUGCACACAUACAGAAUCUGCCCCAAAUUCUCCAAGAAUUGGAAGUCCAUUGAGCCCAAAGAAAAACACUGAAACAAGUAAUCUUCAAGCUAUGUCUAGAGGUUUGUCUACCAGUUUGCCUGACUUUGACUCUGAACCUUGGGUAGAAGUGAAAAAGAGGCAUCGACCAUCCCCGGUGAAAUUGAAGAAAUCAUUGUCUCCACCUGAAGAAGCGGCAAAUCAACUAUGUCCUCCAGAAGAACAAGAACAAGAAGAACUUGAUUUUUUAUUUGAUGAAGAGAUGGAACAAAUAGAAGGUCGAAAAAACACUUUUACUGAUUGGUCUGAUAAUGAUUCAGAUUAUGAAAUUGAUGACCAGGAUUUAAACAAGAUUUUGAUUGUAACUCAGACACCACCUUAUAUGAGAAAACAUCCUGGAGGAGAUCGAACAGGCAACCACAUGUCUCGGGCAAAAAUUACAUCUGAACUUGCUAAAGUUAUCAAUGAUGGCUUAUAUUAUUAUGAACAGGAUCUAUGGAUGGAAGAAGAUGAAAAUAAACACACAGCCAUAAAGGUUUUGUGUCAGAGCGCAUGUGCCGACCAAAGAGAGCCAGGGGUGGGGAGGUGGGGCAAGCAAGAAGUUGAGAACUUUAAGAAGCUAAAUCUCAUUAGUAAAGAGCAGUUUGAAAACCUAACACCUGAACUUCCGUUUGAACCAGACCAAGAAGUUCCUGUAACAUCUUCACAGUCCAGGCAAGAGUUGACUGAUGAAUCAGCUCAGAAGCUGUUUGAUACUCUAGAAAUAACUUCAGCAACAGCGGCCUGUUCAUUGCCCACCGCAGUUCCAGAAUCUCCUAGGACUCAUCCAGCAAGGACACCUAAAACACCUCGAACACCAAGAUUACAAGAUCCUAACAAAACACCGAGAUUUUAUCCUGUUGUUAAAGAACCAAAAGCCCUUGAUGUAAAGAGUCCAAGAAAGAGAAAAACGAGGCAUAGCACAAAUCCCCCUCUAGAGUGUCAUGUCGGUUGGGUAAUGGAUUCCAGAGAUCACGGGCCGAGAGCAUCCUCUGUCAGCAGUUCAAAUGCCUCGCCUUCAGAAGGUGCACCACUAGUAGGAAAUUACGGAUGUACUCCUCAUUCACUUCCUAAGUUCCAGCAUCCUUCUCACGAACUUUUGAAGGAAAAUGGUUUUACCCAACAAGUCUAUUACAAGUAUCGUCGAAGGUGCUUAAGUGAGAGAAAACGCCUAGGAAUUGGUCAGUCUCAAGAAAUGAAUACCCUCUUUCGUUUUUGGUCCUUUUUCCUCAGAGAUCACUUCAAUAAAAAAAUGUAUGAGGAAUUUAGACAACUUGCUUGGGAAGAUGCAAAAGAAAAUUACAGGUAUGGGUUAGAAUGUCUGUUCAGGUUUUAUAGUUAUGGACUGGAAAAAAAAUUCAGACAAGAAAUUUUUAUGGAUUUCCAAGAAGAAACCAAAAAAGACUACGAAUCUGGUCAGCUAUAUGGACUAGAAAAAUUUUGGGCUUAUCUGAAAUAUUCGCAAUCUAAGACACAUUCUGUUGACCCAAAACUUCAGGAAUACCUCUGUAGUUUCAAGAGGUUAGAAGACUUCCGUGUUGAUCCCCCUAUUAGUGAAGAAUUUGGAAGAAAAAGACAUUCAUCUACUUCUGGUGAAGAGAAUAAUCAUCAUAGACUUCCGCCUAAUUCCUCUACGAAGCUACCAAGUGCUGCUAGCCCUCCAUCUUCCAGUCAGCCCCAGGUCCCAAUAAGCUGGCCCAGAAGGCACACUUCCCAGGAGCCCAGUGACAGCUCACCCCAGAACAGUUCUGCCUCAGUCUCAACAAACGGUGAAAUGCCUGAGAAAUAGACUCUUACGGAAGCCAUGUGUCCUUGAAAUCAACAUUUACAUCAGUAUUUAUUCGGGAAAAAUCUUCUGAUGUUUAAUUGUGAUAAUCGGAAAAAAGAAAAAGGAAGAAAACUGAUAGCAAUUUUUCUAGCACGAUAAAUUCUUAAAAUGUUUUCUCCGAUUGCACAAACAAGGAUAGUUAGUGACCUUUUAUAGAGAAACUCGAGUAAUGUAUUUUGGUCUCAGUAUUUCUUUUUGCAAAGCCAUUGUUUACAAGAACAGCAUUCCUUAAAUUAUAUAUUAAAAAAACAACACGAGGAAUGCCUAACAUUUCAGCUCAUACUUCUUAAAGAAGAUAUAGUAUGUUGUAUUCAUCUGUUCUAUAGAGCUUUCUUACAGAAUCCAAUUACCCCAUUGUCAAUUCAUAUUUGAACUUAUCAAAAACAAAGGAAGAUUACGUAUAUAUUUUUUUAAUUCAAAAAAAUAAUAUUAAAUGAUAUAUUUACCUUUUUCUUUUAGAUGGAUAGCUUAAAGACCUUUUUUUUCUUUUUUCUUUUUUUUAAACAAAGCAUAAAUAUAUAGCAAGAUUGUAGUUAUCCUGAUAUCUAAGCACCUUUGAUCCUGGGUUUUGCUCCCCCUUGUCCCCCUAGUCAUUCCUCAUGAUUUCACAUUUGUGUUAGUGUGGGUUUUCUGAAUUGCCAUAGCAGGUUACCUAUUAGGAAGGAUUUACUUUUGUGAUUCUAUAUC